GGUCUCUUUGGAUUCCCCCUCUCGCCCCCGAAAAUGUAUAUGCUGGUUGAAACCCAUUCAAACGAUGUUCUUCAUUUAAAAAGGUCACCUGGCAUAAGAUCAUGGUCUCUCCUUGUAGGAAUCUCCUCUGUGGGCCUGGCUGCAGCUUACUACAGUGCAGAUAGUUUUGGAUGGAAACUCUUCUAUAUUGCUGGCUGUCUUUUUGUAGCUGUGCAAAAUCUUGAGGACUGGGAGGAAGCUGUAUUUGAAAAGGACACAGGAAAAGUUAUCCUAAAGACAUUUAACCUUUACAAAAAGUUACUGACCCUGUCGAGGGCUGGUCAUGAGCAAGUGGUGUUUCGUUUGGAUGAAAUUCGAGCUGUGAACGUGCAGGAGGAGAAAGUACGCUAUUUUGGGAAGGGCUACUUGGUUGUCCUGCGAUUUGUCACUGGGCUUUCGGAACCUCUAACGCAGACUGCCGUGAUGGGCUGUAGAAGUGACGUGGAGGCUGUGGCCAAGCUCAUUACUAGCUUCCUUGCGCUGAACAAAGUGCCAGAUGAUCGAGUUUCUGAGAACAGUGAAACGAAUGGCAGCGAUGCAGAUGAUCCUGGGGACCAGUACUAA